GAGCUCUCGGCCCCUAGGCCGGGUGAUACCGACCAGUCCCGGGGCCCCCUCCUCUUUUCUCUCGGGCCUGCCAUUCUCCGAGGGACUCCCUGCCCCUCCUUCGCCCCUUCCCUUCUUUCUCCCCGCCGAGCCGCGGCGGCCGCAGCAGUAGCAGGAGAAGGAGGUGCCGGCGCCCGGAGGCGGCGGUGGCCGGGGAGCCCAUGGCGUACAGUCAAGGAGGCGGCAAGAAGAAAGUCUGCUACUACUACGAUGGUGAUAUUGGAAACUACUACUAUGGACAAGGUCAUCCAAUGAAACCUCAUCGAAUCCGCAUGACCCAUAACUUGCUGCUAAAUUAUGGCUUAUAUAGAAAAAUGGAAAUAUAUCGACCCCAUAAAGCCACUGCUGAAGAGAUGACAAAGUAUCACAGUGAUGAGUACAUCAAAUUUCUACGUUCGAUAAGACCAGAUAACAUGUCUGAGUACAGUAAACAGAUGCAAAGAUUUAACGUUGGAGAGGAUUGCCCAGUAUUUGAUGGACUCUUUGAGUUUUGUCAGCUCUCAACUGGUGGCUCAGUUGCUGGGGCUGUGAAGUUAAACCGACAACAAACUGAUAUGGCUGUUAACUGGGCUGGAGGAUUGCAUCACGCCAAGAAAUCAGAAGCAUCAGGAUUCUGUUAUGUUAAUGAUAUUGUGCUUGCCAUCCUUGAAUUACUAAAGUAUCAUCAGAGAGUCUUAUAUAUUGAUAUUGAUAUCCAUCAUGGUGAUGGUGUUGAAGAAGCUUUUUAUACAACAGAUCGUGUAAUGACAGUAUCAUUCCAUAAAUAUGGAGAAUACUUUCCUGGAACUGGAGAUUUGAGGGAUAUCGGUGCAGGAAAAGGCAAAUACUAUGCUGUUAAUUUUCCAAUGAGAGAUGGUAUAGAUGAUGAAUCAUAUGGGCAGAUAUUUAAGCCAAUUAUCUCAAAAGUGAUGGAGAUGUAUCAACCUAGUGCUGUCGUAUUGCAAUGUGGUGCAGACUCAUUAUCUGGUGAUAGACUUGGUUGCUUCAAUCUAACAGUCAAAGGUCAUGCUAAAUGUGUAGAAGUUGUAAAAACUUUCAACUUACCAUUACUGAUGCUUGGUGGAGGUGGAUACACAAUCCGCAAUGUCGCUCGAUGUUGGACGUAUGAAACUGCAGUUGCCCUUGAUUGUGAGAUUCCUAAUGAAUUACCAUAUAAUGAUUACUUUGAAUAUUUUGGACCAGACUUCAAACUACAUAUUAGUCCAUCAAAUAUGACAAACCAAAACACUCCAGAAUAUAUGGAAAAGAUCAAGCAGCGUUUAUUUGAAAAUCUACGCAUGUUACCUCAUGCACCGGGUGUCCAGAUGCAGGCUAUUCCUGAAGAUGCUGUUCAUGAAGAUAGUGGAGAUGAAGAUGGAGAAGAUCCAGACAAGAGGAUUUCAAUUCGUGCAUCAGACAAGCGGAUAGCCUGUGAUGAAGAAUUCUCAGAUUCAGAGGAUGAAGGAGAAGGAGGUCGAAGAAAUGUAGCUGAUCAUAAGAAAGGAGCAAAAAAAGCUAGAAUAGAAGAAGAUAAGAAGGAAACUGAGGACAAAAAAGCAGAUGUUAAGGAAGAAGAUAAAUCUAAGGACAGUAGUGGUGAAAAAACUGAUACCAAAGGAGCCAAAUCAGAGCAGCUCAGCAAUCCUUGAAUUUGAGUCACCAAUUUCAGGAAACUAAAAAAGUGAGAACAUAUUUGGAAGAAAAAUGUUUUCUUUUUGAAGGAGACUCCUGGCUUCAUUUUAUACUACUUUGGCAUGGACUGUAUUUAUUUUCAAAAAGGCUUUUUUUGUUUUGUUUUUUUUUUUUCUUGGCAGGUUUUAUUGUUUUUCUAAUUAUGAAGCAAAUUUUUUUUCUCCACCAUGCUUUAUGUGAUAGUAUUUAAAACUGAUGUGAGUUAUUAUGUCAAAAACUGAUCUAUUAAAGAAGUAAUUGGCCUUUCUGAGCUGA